UGGUGGGCAGGGCCGGAGUGUGAGCAGGCACACACAGGACUGGCUCCAGCACUCACAGAGCACAGAGGCGGCUGCUGCAGGGAUGAGGGGAGCAUCUUUCUUCAUCGGGAUGAGACAUACGGGAUACUUUGCCUGCGUGGUAGGGGGUGGAGAAUUGUUACUUCUCUAUCCUAUGCAUCGAAACAAGGACUUGACCAGGUACUUGACCGAAGAAGAUUUUCAGGGUAUAACGGAUUUCAAUGAUCUCCCUAAUGCACUUUUUGCUUGCAACGUCCACCAGUCGGUGUUUGAAGACGAAGAAAGCAAGGAAAAGUUUGAGGGCUUAUUCCGAGCCUACGAUGAUUGCGUCACUCUGCAACUUUUUAAGAGUUUCCGAAGAGUUCGGAUAAACUUCAGCCACCCCAAGGCAGCAGCCCGAGCAAGGAUAGAGCUUCAUGAAACACAAUUCAGAGGGAAAAAAUUAAAAUUAUAUUUUGCACAGGUCCAGACGCCAGAGACGGAUGGAGACAAACUUCACCUGGCGCCUCCACAACCCGCAAAACAGUUUCUCAUCUCACCUCCAGUGUCACCUCCCGUAGGCUGGCAGCCCAUCGGUGACGCCACGCCGGUUAUAAACUACGAUCUCCUAUAUGCAGUCGCCAAACUGGGACCAGGUCAGAAGUAUGAACUACAUGCAGGGACAGACUCCACCCCCAGCGUCGUCGUCCAUGUUUGCGACAGUGAUCUGGAGGAAGAAGAGGACACAAAAAAUUCACUGAAGCCUAAAAUCAUCCCAACACGGCGCCCUGGUGUGCCCCCUACAAAAUCUAACUGAUCAACCUUUCUGUACAGGGGUGAGCAGCCAGCGGCUGCUGUAGAACUACAAACCCAAUGAUGUUUUAUAUCUGUGGCCCACACCACAGAAGCUGUAGUUCAGAAAAUGCUGGGGUGCUUUUGGUUGACUACCCCACUCUAGUAAAAUAUCAACACUGAUCAUUUUAACACAGCUUUUAUAUUUUUCACCCUUCCUUUAAAUAGUAGAAUUUCUCAUUUUUAUAGGAAAGCUUUUGCCACACUGUAGCAUUAUGCAUGUGACAAUAUGAAAGCUGUAAUUAGGUCGUUAUUCACGUAUUCAGUGCUGGGGAAAGAGGGGCAUUAUUCGGCACUAUCCAGUGUCGAGUUUUAUUUAUUUUGUCUUUAUGGUUUUUUGGGGGGGAGGGAGGGAGGAGAAGGGAACACAAUAUUCCUGCAAAAAAACAAGAACAACACAAUCUUGAAAAUGAAAUUAUAAAAAUAACAAAAAUCUAAUUUUAUUUUGUUUGUACACAAGAAAGUUGCUAUGGUUAAAGCCGCAUCAGGCUGAUGUUCACUUAAUGCUGUGCGUUCUAUGUUUCGUAAGGCUGCAGGACUAGAGAUAUAUAUGACUCCAGACUAAGGAAGGAUCUAACAAUGUAAUGAUGGUAGCAGGAGAAGCAACAUUUACAAGACACAAUUUUAUUGUUGUUAUUUUUUACCGUUAUUGAGGUAAAGAAGACCCUGCUCAAAGGAGCUUACAAUCUAUGAGGAUUUGAGGUAGCUGGAUAUGUAUCGGUGGGUGUCUUGCCCACGGACAACUACUGAUAAGGGUCGAACUGGGAUUCAAACCUAGGUCUCCCCGUUCUAUGGCGGUGACAAUACCACUGCUCUAACCAGUCAAUGUGUAAUAAUUACAGGAAACAUUGUAUUGUAAAACUAUGCUUCAUGAGGUCUUUCUCAGGGCAGGAUGGCCCCAUGAUCACAUUAAGCAUGUUGCUAGAGGCAGCUGUCUGCUUGUGUUUACACUAGUGGCACUUAGUUAUAUCUACACCUUGCCUGUCAUAUCUAAGAUGUAAGAUGGCCCCCACUGUAUCUCUAUUUUAUGUAUUGCACAGUCAUUUUGCUUUCACUCUAUCAAAGCUUUAACUAUUUCCUUUUUUUUCUUGUUGUUAUUGUUUGUAUGGAUGUAGUACUGUUUGUUUUUAUUGUAAAUCUUUAUUCAUGACUCACUCCACACGUCAACGAGUCACCAAGAAAAGACAAAAAUGUCAAUAGUACAGUACAUCAGGUACAACAGUAACAACCCGAUAGUAGACAUUCUAAUGGAGAGACGGUUUAUUUUUUUGUAUUGUGAUCAGAAGUAGAAUCGCGUAAGUUGAACAUGUUCGGAAGCUAACUACGAUAACCCAUAAGGCAGGAACUUACCCCAUGGCUGAGGCUAAUAGGUAUUUUCAUGCCUCUCAUGUCCCUUUUUUGGGAAGAUCUGUCCCACGUUAGGACCCAAUACUCACCUGUUCCUCCCUUUCUUCAAAUCAGUACAUUUGUUUGAAAAUCAGUUUGGGUCAAUUUGGUCUAAUUAUAAGUAACUAAGUUUCUCUUCUAGUUACAUAAGUGGAUUUUAGUAUGUCAUCAAACUGCCUUCACUAGCUUCCCUUCUGAUCACCUCCAGCUACACCCUUUAAUACAAAUGUACCCGUCCUUGGUAAAUCGGAAUGUUGGGAGGUGUCCCUUCAUGUCUCCAUUUAUGUCUUUCUGUGUCUGUUUUAUGUCAUUGCUUUUAUCAAUCCCCAAUACUUUGUUUACUUCUUUGUAUGCUUUUUGUGACUCAUCACAUUGAAGUCUCUUUUUACCCUCUCACCAGAUCAGUGAAAUAAUCUCAGGUGGAUAUCGGUCUCUAUCUAUCUUUUCCAUCAAUGUUUCUCUCCUUAAAUCCUCACGUCUAAUGUUCCUCCUCUCUCUUUUCCCAUUUACAGUCAGUGCCUUUUAGUGUCCUUUUGUUUGAACUCUUUCCACUAACAGAAUUAGUAGUCAGCACCCAUUGUACGCACAAUAGGUUGGUGUCCCUCCCUGUAGGUAAAAUAUAUAUUUUCAAGACUGGGGUCAUUGAUUUACACUUACUGUAUCAGUGUCGCUGUGCUAAACCCUGUCUGUUUUCCUUUAACAAGGGAAGCCUGGUUAAGCAAUACAUCACAGUACAGGGUACUUUUUAAGAUUUUACUAAACUUUUUACUGUGGAUCCUAAGCAAAGUUACAGGACAUAUCCAAAAUUAAGAGGUGCCCAAAGAAAUACACUUUGCAGAUCUGCAGUAUGCGAUUCUACUUAUGUCCAAAUCACUUUAAAUCACUAACGUGCUUCGAUGUGGGGUGUAAUAUCACAGUUGAUAUUAGCACAUCGUCUUUGUAAGGGGUUAAAAUAUAACUUUCUAGGAUCCAAUAUCACUAUAAUGUGAGAAAAUACUAUUUUUCAGAAAGGGUAGUAUAAAGACUGAUAAGCCUUUCAGGUGAGGUUGUAAAGACUGAAAUAUUUGAAGAAUUACUCGAAAUGUCCGAUAGACUGUCCUAAGAGCACAAAUAAGCAUCGGUCCGAGAUUUCAUAACGGACUGACUCAUUGGGCCAAUUGGUUCUUUGUUGCUGGCACAAUCUAAGUUUCUGUACAUAUAAGGGCAUUGCAUUUUAUUUUAUGUUUUUAUUUGAAGAAUCUUGUAUGCAAACAAACAGCCUUGUUAAAAUAGUGAUGGUUUGAUAAA